UCUUCAGUUGGUGUUUUAUCUCCAGAAUGUUUGUCAAAGCUGCAGAAUCAUUAGUUGACGUUCCAGAGCUGAGAUUCCUCCCAUCCACAGACACACUGGAGGUUUUCCAAAUCUGCAACCAACCAAUCCUGGAGUUCUGACUUGAAGAGCUGCCCAUCAUACUUCAUCACAUAGAACCUUUAAAUCUCAUUGAUCCUAGUAUUAAAUCUGAACUAAUUAUGACGAAUACAGCACAAGCAAGCAACAUUUAAACAUUUAACACUUGUUUUCAGUCAAUUUUUGCAUAGUUCAGGUCAAACAACUGUAAAAGAUUUAGUGUUGGCACAAAAUUAGCCAAACUAACUGCGUGUCAAGCUACAAAACACACCUUAAAAUCACUAUAAAUAAGAAAUACUCCACAGAAUACAGAACCUCAAAGUUUGUGCCGCUGUUUGAAUCCAGUGUCUCUGUCUAUGGGUGAAUAUUUAGAAUUUAAAAUGCUUAAAUCUCCAGAUUAUGUUUCAACUCUUAGUAUUAAAGAGGACUGCAGGAGGUUGCAGCUGCUGGUCAAAGUUCAAGAGGAGCUACAACACAGGUGAAUAUUUACCAGCCACAGCCCAGGAAAUGCGAACACACUGAGGUGUUCACUUUCACUAUUUCUUUGUCGUGUGCUGACAGCAUGACCCCUGAGUCCCGAUGGAUCCCCAACAAAACAUGAAACUGAUGAUAACAAUCCUGGUUGUUGCUUUGCGCUGCAGAGGUUCCUCUGCUGGCUCCACCACAGAGCUCAGUGUGCUGAUGGGCUCAGAGGCGACUCUCAGAUGUGUGUUUGACAGACAGUGGAGGCCGGUGGAGUGGAGCGAUCUGACCGUGGAGUGGAACCUGGUGGAUAAACAUGCAGGGAAGAGGGUCGUCUACACGUUCGAGGAUGGGAGCGCUCAUGUGAACAGAGGAGGUUCGGUGGUGAAUGAGACAGGUCUGCGUCGCAGCGAUGCGUCUCUGCAGCUUUUUAACGUGACUGUGAGAGAUGAAGGAGUUUACACCUGCAGGAUCAUCACACCUGUAGUCUACACAGAGAGCACUGCUCUGGAAGUGCUGGCUCCCUUACAGCCCCUCUACAGCGCUGCCACACUGAUCGCUGUCACCAGCAUCAUCAGUCUGCUGCUGGUCACCUCAGCUAUCGGAGCUGCAAGCUCCACCAAGUGUUUCUGA